UUGCGGUGAAGCGCUUCUGUGUUGCGUGGCCUUUGAACCCAUUGUUGUGUCGCGACUGACGUCAGUUCUAUGUGCGAGACAGGCAGAGCGGCGUGCGCCUGGCGAGACAAAGGCGGCGGACCAGGGAACAGCCGGGAUAAAUAUCCAGAUACAAUUGUUAGGAGGCAUGGGAGUAAAAUGAUAGACAAAUCGAUGCAAAGAUCGACGGGCCGCUAAAUGACCUCGACAUUCGUCUGGAAUAGAAUUGUUUCAACAGCCUGUCCCUUCUCUUUCGUUUUAAACAUUUUGUCCAACGCCCCCAAUUUAGCGAGCUAGCUACUAGCUAGCAUUAGAGCAUUGGUAGCCACUCAUCAUUCCUUCAAGAAUCAAACGAGAGGAACUCCAUACAAUUGGGAGGUAGCCAAAAGAAAAGAGCGCUUUGCACACAGACGCCCCAAGAUCUGAUGUUCAUCCUCUUGGACUAUGCCUAGCCCCUUAUUCCACCCCGAGAUUAUGGACCACGACAUGGUAGUGAGCAGCCAGCACAACGGGGUCAGCCUGCCGCGAGAGACUGACCAGGAGUCCCGGGACGAGAACCAUCAGGAUGCGCUCCGCUUCGCCCUGGACCAGCUGUCAUUUAUGGCCCUGGAGAAGGUGGACUGUGGGGGCGGUGGUGGGGGGCUCGUUGACACACUCGACAGGAACCAGGGACCGUGCUCCGGGAAUUCCAACGGCGGUUAUGUCGACCUGCAGAUGCUGGAGCACCAAGGGGGUUCCCGGGACUCUCCGACAUCCUGCUCCCCGUCUCCAGAGUACUAUGGAUCGGGCGGGUACCACAUGACUGGCCCGCACUCUCACCCCAUGCUCGGUGAACAAAGCUCAGUUCUCUGCAAUCGCAAGAGGAGUGUCAACAUGACCGAAUGCGUACCUGUGCCCAGCUCAGAACACGUUGCUGAAAUAGUGGGAAGACAGGGCUGUAAGAUCAAGGCACUGCGUGCGAAGACCAACACCUACAUAAAGACCCCGGUGAGAGGCGAGGAGCCUGUGUUCAUAGUUACAGGGCGCAGGGAGGACGUGGAGAUGGCCAAGCGGGAGAUCGUCUCUGCGGCCGAGCACUUCUCCAUGAUUCGGGCAUCCCGCUGCAAGGCUGGGGCCACGGGCACAGGAGCACCCGGGACAGGGGGAGUUCUCCCUGGACCCCCCCACCUGCCUGGACAGACCACUAUACAGGUGCGGGUACCGUAUCGUGUGGUGGGGUUAGUGGUGGGGCCCAAGGGGGCGACCAUCAAGCGCAUCCAGCAGCAGACGCACACCUACAUCGUGACGCCCAGCAGGGAGAAGGACCCCGUGUUUGAGGUGACUGGCAUGCCUGAGAAUGUGGACCGAGCCCGGGAGGAGAUUGAGACGCACAUCACCCUGCGGACCGGGGCCUUUGUGGACCUCCAGGGAGACAACGACUUCCACACUAACGGGACUGAUGUCAGCCUAGAGGGCCUGGGCUCGCUGGCUGGGGGGCUGGGCGCUGCUCUCUGGGCUCGGGCCAACAACGCCCACCCUGCCCCUCCACCCCCGCCGCCUCCUCCACCACCCCCGCUCCCCAUGGCCAUGCACCAAUCGUCUGGGAGGAAGCUGUCCUCCUCGGCCUCCUACCACCAACACAACGGAGGGAUGGGCUCUGAGAGCUACAGCGCCCCCAGGAGGGCCAACGAGGGAGGUAGCCCCACCAGCCCAUUCAGCACUAGCUCCAGCAAUGCUGGCGGAGGAGGGGGGUUCACCUUUGGGGGUGACUCCACCCCAGGCCUCCCCUCUGAGGAGCUGGGCUUUGAGUUCAGCGCCUCCAACAUAUGGGCCCCUUUUGUCAACGGAGGAGGAGGGAAGAUCCCAGGUACCUCUCAGAAGCAGCCUCUCCGCAGAAACAGCAGCGGCCUGAGCGGCGGUGCCAUCACCCCCCGCCUGUCCCCCACCCUGCCCCCUGACGCAGUGGUGGGACCCCUGGAUCAUCCACUGGCCCGUCGUGCCCAAAGCGACCCACUCAGCACCCUCUCCUGGCUGCAGUCGGGGGGUGCCGGUGCAGGGUCCUUCUCUGGAGCAUCUAGCUCCAGCUCCGGAGGGUCAUCCACCGGUUACUCCUCCUGCUCAGCCUCCUCCCUGCCCGGAGGCUCUCCCACCGAUUCAGAGGGCAGCGGCAUUGGCCUGGGCUCUGGCAUGCUGGGCCGGCUGAAGGCCGCGGCAGGCGCUGGUUCUGGAGGUCUGGUUGGCAUGGGGCCAGGGGGUGUGAGCAGGGACUGCUUUGUGUGCUUUGAGAGCGAGGUGACAGCGGCUCUGGUGCCAUGCGGCCACAAUCUGUUCUGCAUGGACUGCGCCGGACAGAUCUGCCAGUCCGCUGAGCCCGAGUGCCCUGUCUGCCAUACCACUGCCACACAGUGCAUCCGUAUCUUUUCCUAAUAGUCCCCCCUCACCCACCCGAAGACAAGGGAUGGUAUGGGGACUGAGGAGGGGGCGAGAGGGGUAGGGGUGUCAUCUUUUAAAAAAAAACGGAACUUUACGGUCUUACUAUCCGAGAAAACUGCAGUGGACCAUCAACUGUGGUGGGACGGACAGCAAUGACCUUCUCCGCACAUAUGAUGGACCACAAUGAUUACAAUAUUAGAAAUGACACUAUACGGAUGUUGAUUUAAUGAUAACUAUAACAAUAAUAAUAAUAAUAAUAAUAAUGAAAAUAUUUCCAGACUUGACUGAUUUUGAUUGGUUCUGCGGACUGCAGAAACAGUAUGGUGGGAUCAAGAGGUUUCACGGUGGACUUGUGUGGAAGGAAACCAGUGUCUUAUCUUUCUUCUGGAUUUUGUUCUGACCUGGACCAGCCUUCAGGCCUGAAUUAGCUCAGCCUCUAGGUUGCCAGGCUGUCUGUAUAGUUUCAUCCUCUCGCUUCUUUUUCUUCUUCAGAUAUCUCUGCCUGCUUCUCUCACAAGCCUUUUCCUUUGACACUUUUGUACUUAAUAGCAGAUAUUUUUCGACGGAGCUGUCUAGGCCUGCACUUUUCUACUCAGUUUCCUUUUCGAUGUUCUUUGACAGGAUGCAAAACGCUGUUUUUUUUUGGUCUUCUGAGUUCUCUCCUGUUCUUUAUUUUCAGCUCUCUCUCGCCAUCUCUCCUCUCUCUGAUUCAGAGGGGUUGGGUUAAAUGUGGAAGACGCAUUUCAAUACAACUGACUAGGUCUCUCUUGUUAGCUAGUAUAGUGACAUAAAGGAAAUGCUUUAUGAGCCUGGAACUGACUUUAAAACAGGCACAGAGACACCUAUCAGACAAAAACAAGCCAGAAGGCCCUCCUAGAUCUUAUGAAGACUGAAACGCUUAAGGUAUUUAUACUGUUCAAAAACUGAUAUCCAAUGUUGUGGUUUUAAUGACUAGUAUAGGAAUAAUACAAUGGUAUUAAGUUAUUUAAGGAAUAUCAGAACUAACGCCAGAGGUCAGUUACUCAGCCCCCCUUGGUUCUUUUUUCUCUCAACCCCUCUCUCGCUCUCUCCCUCUCCACCCAAUCGCUCUCCUUCAAUAGUUCCAGUUUUGUUUUUGGCCCCAUUCUUCCACUCUCAUUUCCCCCUGUGGAGCUCAGUGUAGACACCAAGCCAUCCAUAACCCAGUCCACUCAGAUCCUCUGUUACAUUAGCUCGCCAAAGCAAACUGUAUUUUUUUUAACGGGUCUUUGGCUUUUGACUGUAAAGUAUGUGGCCCAUGUUGCCCCUGACUCCCUACUCUCUGAACUGCAUUGACGUCGAGUAGGAUAAGAUGGGUCUUGAUGUCACACACACACAGGAAUGUCUCGUCCAAUAGGGGUCUUGGUUAAGGGGAGGUGGCACACCCCCAGUAUUAGGGGCAUCCGAAUUAGCUGUCUGUGCCCUGAGCGACACAUUGUAAUGUUAUUAGACCCCCCCCCCACCACCUCAAACACCCCUCCCAAGAGACAUUGUCACCCUAGGAGAUCUAUUUUGUGUUUCUAUUUUUGUGUUUGUAUUUUCACAUCAACUGCCUCUCUUACUGUGUUUUUAAGUAUGACAUGGUUGGUUUUGGUGUGACGGUACAUGGUUGUUAUAUGCAGCCCUCUGAACGUACAUGCGGAUCUACUCCUCGAGUCAGACAAGCCAUGGCAAACAAAAUCAAAACAAUGAAUGGGAGAAGAAAAAGGGCUUCCUUGCGCGCACACACAUAUACACACUACAUUUUCAGAUGUUAACCUUGUUAUCAGUGACAACAGCGAGAAUAAUCAACUUAUCCAAUAUGGCAGCUAGUAGCUAGUUCAUCCAGGGCUUCCAGACACUCUGUGUUCAAACCCCAACAGCUGCAGAAUGUGUUGCUUGUUCUUUUCUCACUGGUCAACCCUGUCAGCACCAGCCCUUUUCAGUCAUGUCCAUCGCCUGUGAACGAAUUAACAGAAGGCUCUGUUCCAAUACUUUUCAAAUGCAGCAUCCCUUUCUACCCUCACACCUUCAGGUACUAUCCACUGAUCUACCAUGUGUGGACAGGUCAAAGCAGUUUCUCUACUGGAUUUUUCUCAAUGUCACUUCAGAUGAGUGACUACCUUCAGGGAGGGAGAAGGAAAGGAUGCAGGACAGCAGAUAGCCUAGCAGUGAGAGCGUUGGGCCAGUAACCGUAAGGUUGCUGGUUCGAAUACCCGAGCCAACAAGGUGAAAAAAAAUCUCUGUGCACGGCACUUAAUCCUCAUGUGCUCCAUGGACAACAUACUACUAUGGCUGACCCUGUAAAACAACGCAUUUCAUUGCACCUAUCUGGUGUGUGACAAUGAAACAGAAUUUUUACGUUGAAAAAGAGAGAAUGAACAGGCAAUUCACAUUGCUACUACAGAGCUCAAGUAUAGUCUCUGUGCUUGAGGGUCAAGCCAGGCUACUUUUUAACAAACAACUUCUAUGUCUGUGAGAUGCCUGACUAAAUGAGCUCGUCAAGUGAAGGGGACAGCGGCUUGACGUCGUAGUCUAAUCUAAUAAUCGACCCUCCACAUUUAACUACACCGCAAUGCUCCCUACUUGAAUGGCCCUUCAUGUCCACAGAUGUGGAGCUAGUAGCUGGCUGACUGAGUCAUAUUUCACUGAAGACUAUAAUGGUGCUUUGGUGCAACUCACUACUGAUAUAGAUACCGUUUUCUACCGCAGCACCUGUCCCCCUCUUUUUUUUUAGGAGUUAACUGUAUAACUGGCAACCCUGACCCCGCUCUCUCUCUCCCCUCAACGUGGGAGGGAUCUGUCUAAACUGGCAACCCGUCCUUGCUGGGUCUGACUUUAAAUGUUUUUAGUAGUUUUUCUCUGCUCCUGCAGACUCAAGUUGGGUGCAGGGAAGGAUGUGACCAUGUCUUUUAAAGGAACAGAUAAACUAUGACUGUUGUGUCACUUUUUUUUCGUGUUAAAAGGGUCAAUCUUAAAGGCCCUUUUCCAGAACUGCCCAUGACUUCUCAGUCACUAAAAUGUCCAGAGUUGAAUUUGCCAGGUGGUUCUGCUCUGGUUGUUUCACCAGGUCAUGUACAGCAGCAUGAACAGUUAAAGGGUACAGAAUAUUCUCAUAUUGACUGCAGAUUAUUUUUUGCUGAAUUUAAUCCCUGACCCCCACCCCAUUAAGGUUUGAAAACAGGGUUUAUAGAGGGUCCUUAAGGAGUGACCUCUGACCUUUUUGUGACAAAGUUGGACCCAGGGGGAGCCACGCCCAUCCGGGAAAGCCGCUCCCCCUGGAACUUCGCCUUCCUAUUUUGCUUUAAUCCUUUAACGCAGAACCAAAAUGUUAUGUUAGCAAACAAGGUUUCAGGCCUGACUUGUGUAUAUACCCUGAAUACAAUCAAUGGGAUGUCAUUUUCAAAAAGUUACCAGAAUUAAGUAAGGAAGUUGUAGUUUUUAAAAACGUGUAACAUUAUUUGUAGGUUAACCAUGUGCAUGUCUUCAAGCCAUCAGGCAUUAGCAAAUAAUUUUUCAGAGGAAAAUAACUUUUUACACUUUAUUUUUACAAUUUAUUUGCUUACCUAAAUAUCCCAGACAAUAAUGUGACCCUUUUUUAUUACUUCAAAAUAUUUUAUUUUCCAUAUUUUUUUAUUUUAUUUCCUGUGUACAACAUGUAGGCAAUUUAUAACAAAAUUAGAAAAAAUUAUUGAAGAAAUUUUAAAAUUGAAAUAUAUUUUAUUUGAAAGUUUAUGGACCUUUUAACCAUGAGCCGGAACAAUAUAUGCAUAUAAUUUGAGCUGUCUUGACGGUUGAGAAAUGUAUCAAGAGUUUUAUUUUUUAUGCUUCUUUAAUAAAAUCUUGUUUUUGGUUUCA